AUGUCGAAAAUAAACAUACCUAUCAAAAAAUCCAUUGUAAAAUUAAGAAACCACAAGAGAUUAGAACCCAAUAGAAAAUAAUCUUUGAUCAAUUUAGUAAUUUCUGAGAAUGUAUCAAUUCGAUAAGUAUAGUUUAUGAUAUAUUAAAGGCUGCAUAAAAACUUUAGAUAAAAUAUUCCACUGCAAAGUAUAUUAUGAAGAAUUUUAAAAAUAAUGGAAAUUAGUUCAAUGAACAUUAUCAAACUCAUAACAAACAAAAUUCCAUUAUUGAAAAUGUUAAUAUAGUGAUAGAUGUAUCUGAUGGGAGUAUUCAAUUGGCUAAAACAAGUAAAAAAAUUAGUUAUUGUGACUAUAAUUCUUUAUAGGAAGAGUCUAAAAACCAGAAUCAUUAAUAAACAACCGAAUUUAUUUAUGAGAAACUGGGUAAAAUUUUUUGGCAUAAAUUUCAUUAUAAAGAAUAUCUGGAUGAAGAAAUACUAAAACGAUUUUUAAAUCGAUAACAUAUUCUGAUAAAAUAACAAUGA